AUGGCAUAAAAUUUAAUAUCAGCUAUAGCAUGGGUUUCUAGAGGGUAUGCAAUAAAGUAGCCAAAAGAAUUUGAUUUAGAUGAAGAGGAAAUCAAUUAGAUGAAGUAAGAUAAACUAAUAAAUAAAAAGUAAUAGAUUUAUUUAAGGUUUAGUUUGACAUAAGAUUUGGGUAAAAUACAAGAGUAAGAUGAAGAUUCAAGUGAAGACAAUCUUCCAGUAUUUUGUUAAGAUUUAGAAAUGCAUGGAAAGUAGUAAUUGCCAGAUGAUGGAUAUCCAGUAGCAAUAGAGGAUUUGAGUGAUGAAGAAAAAGAAGAUUAUCAAAUCAAAUCAUCAGAUGCUUUGAUUAUAGCUGCAAAGAUCGUAUCAAAUAAAUAAAUGCUAAAUUUUAGGAAAAUGAAUUUUCAUCAUUGGAAGUGUAUAUUUAUGAAGAAGAGAAGGCCAAUUUAUUUGUGCAUCAUGAGAUAUAAUUAUCAGCAUUCCCUUUAGCAGUAGAAUGGUUACCAAUAUAACCAGGUUAAAUUGAGAGUACAUCUGCAAUCAAGGGUAAUUAUGCAAUAGUUUCAUCAUUUUUACCUGAAAUAGAAAUUUGGAAUUUAGAUGUAGUCAAUGUAUUGGAACCAUCUUUAGUUUUAGGAGGAGAGAUUGAACAGAAUUAUAAGAAAGUUAAAAACUUAAAGAAAUAGAAUAAGAAAUCUUAUAAACCUGAUAGUCAUACAGAUUCAGUUUUGAGUUUGUCUUUGAAUUCAUUUAAGCCAAACAUUUUAUUAUCAGGAUCAGCAGAUCAUACAGUUAAAAUAUGGGAUUUAAUGCUUUAGAAAUGUGUGUUUACUUACAAUCAUCAUAAAGAUAAAGUUUAAAUCUCUAAAUUCAAUACAAAAGAGGAAAGUGUAAUAUUAUCAGGAAGUGAAGAUGGAAAACUAUGUUUAUUUGAUGCCAGAUCACCAGAUUCAAUUCAUUAACAUAAAAUGUUAGGAUCUUUGGAAAGUGCUUGUUGGGAUCCAAUUAAAGGAUAUUAAAUAGCAUAUUCUACUGAAGAUGGAAAUUUAAUAUUAUUAGAUGCUAGAAAAAUAGGUGAAUAACCAUUAGCUAAUUUUAAUGUAAAUAAAAAGGCACUCAGUAGUGUACAUA